CUGUCCCUGGAGUGUGCGCAGGCGCAUUGGGCGCGCGCGGCCUAGUCGUCGUCGUCGAGGCGGUCCGCGGUCGCGUCGUUUCUGUGAGGGGGAAGCGCGGGAGAAAGACCGAGGGGGCGACCCGGAAGGCGCCGCCAUCAUGAGCGUGGAGGCGUACGGGCCCAGCUCGCAGACGCUGACUUUCCUGGACACCGAAGAGGCCGAGCUGCUGGGCGCCGACACUCAAGGCUCCGAGUUCGAGUUUACCGACUUCACCUUGCCCAGUCAGACCCAGACGCCGCCCGGGGGAGGAAGCGGAGGAGGUGCCGGCGCCCAAGGAACCCCCGGGGCGCCGGGAGGAGGAGGAGGGGGGCCGCCCUCAGCCGUCGUCGCCGGGCAGCUCGACGCCCAGGUCAAUGGGCCUGAUGGCAUCCUCCAAAAUGGUGCAGUGGAUGAUAAUGUGGCGAAGACCAGCCAGCUCUUAGCAGAACUCAAUUUUGAGGAAGAUGAAGAAGACACAUAUUAUACCAAAGACCUUCCUGUGCAUGCUUGCAGCUACUGUGGCAUCCAUGACCCAGCUUGUGUGGUCUACUGCAACACCAGCAAGAAGUGGUUCUGCAACGGUCGUGGGAAUACCUCUGGCAGCCACAUUGUGAAUCAUCUUGUGAGGGCCAAAUGUAAGGAGGUGACUCUUCACAAAGAUGGGCCCUUGGGAGAGACGGUCUUGGAGUGCUACAACUGUGGUUGCCGAAACGUGUUCCUCCUCGGCUUCAUUCCCGCCAAAGCGGACUCUGUGGUGGUUUUGCUGUGCAGGCAGCCUUGUGCCAGUCAGAGCAGCUUAAAGGAUAUCAACUGGGACAGUUCACAAUGGCAGCCUCUGAUCCAAGACCGCUGCUUCCUUUCCUGGCUGGUCAAGAUUCCUUCUGAGCAGGAACAGCUGAGAGCUCGGCAGAUCACGGCUCAGCAAAUAAACAAGCUGGAGGAACUGUGGAAGGAAAAUCCUUCUGCCACCCUUGAGGACUUGGAGAAACCUGGUGUCGAUGAGGAGCCGCAGCAUGUCCUUCUUCGAUAUGAGGAUGCUUAUCAGUACCAGAACAUCUUCGGGCCACUGGUCAAGCUUGAGGCGGACUAUGACAAGAAACUCAAGGAGUCUCAGACUCAGGACAACAUCACCGUGAGAUGGGAUCUGGGCUUGAACAAGAAAAGAAUUGCUUACUUCACCUUGCCGAAGACCGACUCAGAUAUGCGUCUGAUGCAGGGAGAUGAAAUCUGCCUGAGGUACAAGGGGGAUUUGGCCCCACUGUGGAAAGGAAUUGGCCAUGUCAUUAAAGUUCCAGAUAAUUAUGGCGAUGAAAUCGCUAUUGAGCUGAGGAGCAGCGUUGGUGCCCCUGUGGAGGUGACCCAUAACUUCCAGGUGGACUUUGUGUGGAAGUCGACCUCUUUUGACAGAAUGCAGAGUGCACUCAAAACGUUUGCUGUGGAUGAAACCUCUGUGUCCGGCUACAUCUAUCACAAGCUGCUUGGUCACGAGGUGGAAGAUGUCAUCAUCAAGUGUCAGCUGCCAAAACGUUUUACUGCACAAGGUCUUCCUGACCUCAAUCAUUCUCAGGUGUAUGCUGUGAAGACUGUCCUGCAGCGUCCAUUGAGCCUUAUCCAGGGUCCUCCUGGGACAGGCAAGACUGUGACAUCAGCUACCAUUGUUUACCACCUGGCUAGGCAAGGAAAUGGACCUGUUCUGGUUUGUGCUCCGAGUAACAUAGCUGUGGACCAGCUGACUGAGAAGAUACAUCAGACCGGACUGAAAGUGGUGCGUCUGUGUGCCAAGAGCCGGGAGGCAAUUGACUCGCCAGUAUCUUUCCUGGCACUGCACAAUCAGAUCAGAAACAUGGACAGUAUGCCUGAGCUCCAGAAACUGCAGCAACUGAAAGAUGAAACUGGAGAACUCUCCUCUGCAGAUGAAAAGCGCUACCGGGCACUCAAGCGAACGGCUGAGCGGGAAUUGCUGAUGAAUGCAGAUGUCAUCUGCUGCACAUGUGUGGGAGCCGGCGACCCGAGGCUGGCCAAAAUGCAGUUCCGUUCCAUUUUGAUUGACGAGAGCACCCAGGCCACUGAGCCAGAAUGUAUGGUGCCGGUUGUCCUCGGGGCAAAGCAGUUGAUCCUGGUGGGCGACCAUUGCCAGCUUGGCCCUGUUGUGAUGUGCAAGAAGGCAGCCAAAGCCGGCCUAUCCCAGUCUCUCUUUGAGCGGCUAGUGGUACUGGGGAUCCGUCCUAUUCGCUUGCAAGUGCAGUACCGCAUGCACCCUGCCCUGAGUGCGUUUCCUUCCAAUAUCUUUUACGAGGGGUCUCUCCAGAAUGGCGUCACAGCAGCAGACCGUGUGAAAAAGGGAUUUGACUUCCAGUGGCCUCAGCCGGAUAAGCCCAUGUUUUUCUAUGUAACCCAAGGGCAAGAGGAAAUUGCGAGCUCUGGCACAUCUUACUUGAACAGGACAGAGGCUGCAAAUGUGGAGAAGAUCACCACUAAACUGCUGAAGGCUGGUGCAAAACCAGAUCAGAUUGGCAUUAUCACCCCCUAUGAGGGACAGCGCUCCUACCUGGUGCAGUACAUGCAAUUUAGCGGCUCCCUCCACACCAAGCUUUACCAGGAGGUGGAAAUUGCCAGUGUAGAUGCCUUUCAAGGGCGAGAGAAGGACUUCAUCAUCCUGUCCUGCGUCAGAGCCAACGAACACCAAGGGAUUGGUUUCCUGAACGAUCCCCGGCGUCUCAACGUAGCUCUCACCCGAGCAAGGUACGGUGUAAUUAUUGUUGGAAACCCAAAGGCUCUGUCCAAGCAGCCUCUCUGGAAUCACCUGCUGAACUACUACAAGGAGCAGAAAGUACUAGUUGAGGGUCCUUUGAACAACCUCCGAGAGAGCCUCAUGCAGUUCAGCAAGCCUCGGAAGCUCGUUAACACCAUCAACCCGGGAGCCCGAUUCAUGACAACUGCCAUGUAUGAUGCCCGUGAAGCUAUUAUCCCUGGAUCUGUCUAUGAUCGCAGCAGCCAAGGCCGCCCCUCCAACAUGUAUUUUCAAACGCACGAUCAGAUUGGGAUGAUUAGUGCCGGGCCGAGCCACGUCACCGCCAUGAACAUUCCUAUCCCAUUCAACUUGGUGAUGCCUCCAAUGCCUCCGCCAGGAUAUUUUGGACAGGCCAAUGGGCCAGCUGCCGGGCGUGGGAAUCCAAAAGGCAAGACCAGCCGUGGUGGACGCCAGAAGAAUCGUUUUGGGAUGCCAGGAGCUAGCCAGUCAAACCUCCCCAACAGCCAGGCCAGUCAAGAUGUGGUGUCACAGCCCUUUUCUCAGGGCCCCUUGACUCAGGGCUACAUCUCCAUGAGCCAGCCGUCACAGAUGAGCCAGCCAGGCCUCUCCCAACCAGAACUGUCGCAGGACAGUUACCUUGGUGACGAGUUUAAAUCUCAGAUCGACGUGGCCCUGUCGCAGGAUUCUACCUACCAGGGGGAACGCGCAUAUCAACAUGGAGUGACGGGACUGUCACAGUAUUAGAGUGUUGAAGAGGAGGAGCUAAGCUUGUGUGGAGCUUAGUUCGUCAGCAUUUUAUUCUGGGUAAUAAAAAAAAAUAAAAUGGAUACCUGUUUUCCACUGCUAAAACUGAAGCAACUCUGUGAGAGCAACAGGAGAGAGAGGGAGAGAAAGAGAGAAACCAACGGAGAGGAGAGACGAGAGUGCGCGCGAGAGAGCCCACUGCUAGCUCACUGAGACAAGGAGACUGACCAGAGAUGGGAGAGAGCGCCGGAGGACCGACCGGCACCUCACUGGGGGGGAAGCCAACCUGCCCUGGAAGAACCAAGUGGUCAUCGGAGUCCCCUGUUCUCCCCCUCCCCCCAUCAACACACACAUUGAGAAGGAGAGAGAGAGGCCCUAGAAGCAAGUUCCACUUCAUUCCGUUCUCUUGACAAGCAGGGCUUCAUUUUUUUCAGAGCAGGGAGGGGUGAGGAAAACCUCCAUCUCAGAGUUGUGCGUGUGUUUUUCUUUUUUCUUUUCUUUUUAAAAAAAAGCAGUAUCUGCUGGCCUUUUUAGGAGCACAGGCAUUUUCAAGAGAGAAGGUCCUCCAUACCCAUGGGAAGCCCAGCCGGCUGGUACCCGACUCUGAGAUGGGUGGUUUUGUUGUCCAGAAUCCAGCUUUGAAACUCGCGUGUGUUGUCACCAAUGUUCUGAACAGGCUUUUUGUGAUGAGAUGGGGUUCUUGUAUUUGUGUUUUUUUUUCCUUUUUAAGAAAAGAGAUUCUUUCAAAGAAGCACUGGAUAUUUUUUUAGAAGUUUUUUGUCUCUGAAACCUUAGUAGUGGACCUGGGGGUGGAGGGGAAAUCCUUGUUCUGGGAAGCUUAAAAAUAUAACCAUUUAUUGCUUAUAAAAAACUAGAGCUCCAAUCUUUUAAGGUUUUUUUCAGUGUGACUUUGGUUGAUCGGCCUCUUUUUCUGAUGGCAGAUAGUUAGCAAAGGAGCCGAUGAAUCCGGGUAGUGAGGGUUCGAAAGCAUUUGUCUACUUUAAUUGGCUAGUCUCAGGGCCCUGCUCUGUAAACACCAGUCAGGUUUUUUUUCUCUAUACGAUGUAUAAUUUUCUUCACAAAAGCGGGGAUUUGGGCAUCUUUGCCCUUUGGUCUCAGAGGAAAAAGGACGCUGGGUAAAGCCUGCUUUUAUUAGCUCCCACUGACAUUGGGACACAGAAGUGGAAACUGGGGAUUAUAUUGGGCUUGAAGUAAAGACUCUACAAAGAUAUUGUAGGAAGGGGUGGGGUAGGGGGAGCAGGCAGCUCAUGGUGGCCGGUGGUAGGUAGGUUGUGUUAGAUUAUUUGGGAGGGGGUGGGUUAUCGGUCCGGCAUUCUACGCAGCAGGGAGGUGUGCAAUGGGCUGGGCAUUGAAAAUUUAAAGAAAUUGGGAGCCUUCGAAGCGGGGAGUGAGCCCCUUGGGCUCUUUCCAAAGGACCACCGAGCCCGGCUGAAUGGGGUGCUCCCCCAGACCACCUCGGCUGUGUUCCUAGCAUAAGUGUCUUUAACUGCAUCUCAAACUUUCUAGAAAAUCCACUGCAGAAAAUAGAAUUUCCUGAUAACUUUGCUCUGGUGUUCUUUGUGUUCUUUUUUUUUUUUAAGGCGAUCCAUAGAUACGCUAACACUUUUAAUCUCCCCAAUCGGCUGAGACAGUAGUUUGACCAGCUUUCUAGAAGUGGUAUUUUUAAAGCUUAUAAAUUAAAUUAGCUUUCCGAUCAAAGGGCUCUAAGCAUCUGUCAACUUUUGUGUGCGCGCGUGUGUUGAGGAACUCUUGGUAAACUACAUGAAUGUACUUAGAGAACCCUCCUUGCUUUUUUUUUUUUUUUUUUUAGGAAUUUGGAAGUGUAUCUGUCCCAUUCCCUUCUUCCUUCCCCAUCCUAGAGAAAUUUGGAGUAGUUCUGCAAGUACCUUAACUCUCUUUCCCCUCCCGGAAUCUAUCAGAGAACUGCUCGUACCCGCAGGUGUGGGAGGGAUGGCCUGGCCGGGAAAUGAGAACAAAGCAAUCCGAUUGUGUGCAAACUCGUAAAAGCCGCCUGUUCUCAUGAACGGGAAAACCUUCAGCGUUCAGACUUCUGCCGUGUGCAAGGAGAAGGAUGGGGGCACACGCUUGGGCCACUUUCCUGCUGGGAUGAUGGACUUUUUAUUUAUUCAGACUGUCAGAGGGCUGCUUUAAUUUUGUUCACAGCGUAGAUUUCUGAGCUAGCUUUUUGAGCAUUAACCCUCUUGCGCAAUGCAAAUCCAUGGAGUAAUGUAGCCUCCCCCCCCCCUUCUUAUUCCGCUACCUUCCUAGGUCUUGCCCACACCUUCCAUCUUCCACUGGAUAGCAGCUCUUGCCUCCGCUUUGUGCUGGCUGACGGGUUUUUUUCCCUUGGUAGCUGUUCUGAGUUGUUAUAUAAACCCCACUCAAGCAUCAGUGCUAGCACACUGCUAAACCUUUUUUCUUUCGUUCCCCCUUUUUGUCUCAGUUUGUUUUUUAAAAUCUGUUUGUCAUCAAAUUAAAAAAAACAAUAAAGAGCUCUUGCAUUCAA